AUGUCUGCUUCCACCAAGAAUCAGAAGAUUGAUGAUUCUAAAGAGGAAGAUGAUCAAAGUAAGGAUUUUGGGAAGAAUAAGGAGAAAAGGGUGUCUUGUUUUCGGUUUAGGAAGGUUAAAGAAAAGUUUUUUAGGAAGAAAAGAAAAGGGGUUUCUGGUAAUUUGGAGAGAAGAGGAGGAGGGUGUUAUUUGUGUUUGAAGAGACCGAUUACUUCUGAUUCAGGUGGUGAGUCACAAACGAGUGAUCCUAAUAGCCCCAAUUUUACUAAUGAUAUGUUAAGAGUUUUUAUUGAAAAGAAUGAUUUUUAUUCUAAAGAAUGCAAUCCCCAUUUGGAUGUAGAGUCUUAG